CUCUCAGGCUUCUCUCUGGCAGAAUAGAGUUAAGGACAUGUGCGCUCAAAGUGAAUGGACCUGUAGCCAGUGUUUUUGCUUUACCUUCUGGGAUUUUUUGAUGCGCUAAAACUUAUGUAUAUUUAUGUUUUGUUUGUAAAGUGUAUUAACGCAUUCUGCAACGAUUUGUCGAUAUUUGUCCUUUAAGCUGGUUUUUCAUUAUGCGCACAACUUGCAGGAGGUUAUAGCCUACAAACGAAAAACAUAAAAGGAGACAAAUGGUUCUUCAUGAACAAAUUUAUACAAUUUUGCAUUUUGACGUGAUACGAUAAUAAAUCAAAAAAUGUUUGUGCUCGCGGAAUUCAAGGACACUGUCAGGAUUCAACCCAUGAAUUUUAAAUACAAGUUAAACGACGUCGUUUCCGAUGAAUUAAAUAAGAAGCUAGCCAAUAAAGUUUACAAAGAUGUGGGGCUUUGUAUCACGCUGCACGAUAUUACAAACAUCGAGGAAUCGUAUAUCUUUCCCGGUGACGGGUCCUCACACACCAAAGUUACAUUUCGAUUUAUUGUGUUUCGUCCGUGGAUGGAAGAAAUAUUGAUAGGAAAGAUUCGUUGCUGUAGCCCCGAAGGUGUACACGUUACUUUAGGUUUUUUCGAAGAUAUAGUCAUACCGCCUCACAAAUUGCAACAUCCGUCGCGAUUCGAUCAGAUGGAGCAAGCAUGGGUGUGGAUAUACAAGACUGAAGACGGAGAAACGCACGACCUAUUUAUGGACGCGGGAGAAAUUAUAAGAUUCAGAGUUGUGAAGGAGAUCUUCACGGAAACACCUUUACCGUCAGCGCACAACGCACCUCAGGACAUGGGAGAGAAACAAGAGACUAGCAAUGUUGCACCGUAUGUUUUGCACGGUUCAAUUGACGAGUCUGGUCUAGGUUUACUUACCUGGUGGAAAAAUGCGUAACUUGUUAUUACAGACUCAAUGUGUUAUUGUUAGGUAUAUAAGAUUUUUAAGUAAAUAAAUGCACAAAACAAGUUCUGGUCAAUAAACUUUUAUUUCACAGCGCAUUUCAUCGUAUUGUGGUGUGUUGUCAUUAAAUGUUGCAUUAAAUGUGAGCGGUAUUUCACAAUUAUGACUCGAUUACCCAGUACAACUUCGCCCGCGUGCAAGUAUAUAUAUAUAUUUAUAUACAUAUAUAUAUAUAUAUACACACAUAUAUAUACAUAUAUGUAUACAUAUAUAUAUGUAUAUAUAUUUACGUUCAAUUUUGAUUGAUAACAGAAUUAUUAGGUAUAUAAUUUUUACAAUAUAUACAAAUGUAUUCUGUGUGCUAAACACGCACGUGACAACACGCAAAAAUAUCUGUGUUACGCGAGAUUAUCGGAUUGCUUUGAGAAAAAUUACGUUUAACUUAAUUCAAUAAUAGGAAUAUUCUCACAGAGACGCUGUUGCAAUAAUAAUAAUAAUAAUAAUAGUCGGUGUAUCACAUAUGAGACGCGAUGUUGUUGAUAAAAACAAAAAACAAGUGACAUAUAUAUAUAUAUAUAUAUAUUGCACCACAUCUCUUUGAAGUUCCGGUCUGUGCGACUGAAAACAAUCAAAAACAAAUAACAUACAUAUAUAUUGCACCGCACCUUUUUUGAAAAACAAAUCAAAUGAAAUGUAAGGCGAGUUUUUUCACACAUUGUUCCGCGCAUUUAUGCUGUUUACCCUUGCCUAUUGCGCAACUCAAACGUCCGACCGAAUCGAUUUGCAAUACAACGCGUUCGUUGAGGUAUAAAUUAUACAGCACGUUGAAAUCUAUAUUUAUUCGAGAUACAUAACAUGGCAAUAAAAGGUGUGUGUAUAUUAUAAUAUGUCGGACAUAUAUCGCGUAUAUACCGGCGUAACAAAUUAUUAAAAACGAGAGAGAGAGAGAGAGACACACACACACACAAAAUACUUCGUUCUAAUUAUGACUACAUACAUUAAUACGCAUACGUACGUACUUAAUCGGAGAUAAGUGAAUAACCACACAAAGAAUACAGCUAGUAAAAGUUUCUUAAAAUUUAGGAAAAUCGCACAUUGAUUGCACAGAGAUAUAUGUAUGUAUAAAUAUAACAUACAAGAUGAAACGACGUUGUCGCAUUACCAUUGUGGGUGCAGGAAUAGUGAGCUUCUUGAGUUUUCUUUUUUCUCAAACACGUUUUACAACACGCAUUGGCCAAACGGGAGUAACGCGAAUGGCGUUGUUAGCUUAUUCAUGUGUAGGCGCAACGGCCGUUAGACACACGUAGGCGAGCAGAAGUUGUCGGAUCUGAAUGAUUUAAUAAAGCAAAUGAUAGUUCGCCUGACGAGGAAAGGAUUUGAUUUCUGAUUUACACCCGACACACGUUCCAGCUCGCAUGUGCUUACACAUGAAUAGAAUCUCGUUGGGUAGUGUGA